GGCCUUCAGGCUGUUCGGGGGGCCGGAGUUGGUGGACUUUGGCUGUUGAGACUAUGAGAGGAUUUCGGAGAGUGACGGGGUGCUGAAAGUGGCAUCACAGGUAGACAGUGGUGUGGGAGUCUUUUUGGUAUGCUGGCCUUCAUCAGUCAGUGGGAUGUUCGAUUCAAGCACAGAAUUGUUGUUCAAGGUUCCUGUACAACAAGGUAUCUGCAGGGAUGGAGUUCAAAGUUAGCAGACUGUAAUGACUGCUUAACAUCUGCAGAAAUCUCUUCUGAAGAUGAAUCAGAGUAGUGAGUCCUUGAUAGUGGAAACUGGACCGCUGAGCACAUCUCCACCACUGAACACCCGUGGUCAGCCAAGCUUUAGACUGCAGGCUGAGAGGAUGUGCUCUCCAGGAACUCCCAUGAUCGGGAAGCAGACUCCGAGUCCACAGCUCCCAGUCUGCAUGGAUAAUGACUGGGAGAGCCAAGAGGAGCUGCGGCUGCGAGAGCUGGAAGAGGCUCGAGCCCGGGCAGCUCAGAUGGAGAAGACGAUGCGCUGGUGGUCAGACUGUACUGCAAACUGGCGUGAAAAGUGGAGCAAAGUACGAGCAGAGAGAAAUAAGUCCAGGGAAGAGGUGAGACUGCUGAGACAGAAGCUGGAGGCGGUCAACAAAGAAUUAACAGCAGUGAAACGUGAAAAGCAGGAGCUGUUCAACGAGAAUGAGCAGCUGAGGUUGGAGAUUGUGUGCAUAAAGAAUAGUCAGCACAAUGAAGAGACAGUGGAUAAUAAAUUAGUUUCUUCAAAGGAGAGCGUAAUCUCCAAUAUUGCAGAGCAGGAACCAGUGCGAGAUGUUGGAACAGAGAAAACUUUUAAAAACAAGGACUUGGAGUUCAUGGAAGCAAUUCUGAAAAGUGAGCAGGAAGGUUGGGAAGCUUGGGACAAGCACACUGCACAAAGUGUGAGGACUUCACUCAACCGCCAGGAGAGGAGCCGUAUCCUGUGGGAAGAAGUGUCUGUACUGGAAGAGGAUACUUCCAAGGUCACUGUGUUGCAAUUGCGUCUGGAUGAAUCUCAGAAAACUCUACAGAAAGAGAGGGAAGAUAAGAAUGCACUCAGUAAGCACAUAGAGAAUUUGGAGACAGAUAUCGCCCAAUGGAAAAUCAAGUAUGAAGAGCUCAGCAAAUCCAAGAAGGAGGUACUACAACAGCUGAACAUCUUAAAGGAAGUGCACCAGGAUGAGUUGGGUCGAAUUUCAGAAGACUUGGAAGAUGAGCUGGGAGCUCGGACAAGCAUGGACAAAAAACUAGCAGAACUGAGAGCUGAGAUGGAGAGACUACAGGCAGAGAACACAUCUGAGUGGGGCAAGAGGGAGCGGUUGGAGACUGAGAAGCUGAAUCUUGAAAGAGAGAACAAAAAGCAGAAGGCACAGAUUGAGGACUUGAUGGAAGUACUGACGAAGAAGAGGAAGCAAGCUGCAAGUGCCCUGGAUACAGACCUGAAAACAAUUCAGAGUGAACUUUUUGAGAAAAAUAAGGAGUUGUCAGAUCUUAGGCAUGUUCAUGCCAAACUAAAGAAACAGUAUCAGGAAAAGAUGACAGAAUUGGCCCAUGCAAACAGAAGAGUGGAACAACAUGAAGUUGAAGUGAAGAAACUGCGGCUGCGAGUGGAGGAGUUAAAGAAAGAGCUAACACUAGCGGAGGAUGAGCUGGAUGAAGCUCACAACCAAACCAGGAGGUUACAGAGGUCCUUGGAUGAACAAACAGAGGAGUCAGAGAACCUUCAGGUACAGCUGGAGCACUUACAAUCCAGGUUACGGAGACAGCAGGCCGUCUUUGGGAAACGAAGCUCUUGUUUUGGCCCAGAUGAGCCCAGUGAGACUGGCAGUGACUUUGACGAUGACCCUGAGCUAUUGCAGUUACAGAUUCCUUAAGCAGCAGUCGCAAAGUUGGUGUGCAGGAGGGAGCAUCACUGUACUGUCAUUCUUGCAAGCCACAGGCCAAGACUGGCAUGGCUCUCUGUUACCUAGCUGAGCAUCUGAGAACAUAGCAUUCGAGAAACUUCCUUUUGUAUAAGCAUAACUGUCACUUACUUUUAUAAUUGACUUUGUAUACUUUAAAAGUUAUUUAUACAUACAACUGACCACUGUAAACUAUAUUUACAAUACAUUAAUUUUCUGUUAUAAACCUGAGUACUGAGAGAG